ACUUUCGAAAACGAAACAAGAAGUUAAACUAAAUUUGUUAUUAAGUGUAAUAAUAAAGAUAUUAGAAUUUAACAAAAUGGCUGAAGGAGGUGGCUUCACAUCAAUCAGAGACGGGUCAGAUGCUGAUUUCGAAAUUAUCUGUACGCCAUGUGGGGAAGAUAAUAUCAGAGAAGAAGCUGUCAAGUUUUGCGUAGAAUGCAAUCAAUAUCUUUGUACAACAUGUGUCAGGUAUCACAGAAGAAUAGCGGCUUCGAAAUCCCACAAGCUUCUGGGUACACAUGAUGCUAAAAACGCGUCGGUAGCUGCUGUUGUAACGAAAUGUCGAUACCAUCCAGAUCGAGAUAUUGAGAUGUACUGUGGAACACAUGACAUGGUCUAUUGUCUAAAGUGUAUAGCCACAGAGCAUAGGGCUUGUGAGAGUGUUAAAAACAUAGAAGACGUAACGACACCUUUUCUCCAACAAAAUGAAAUACAAGGUUUACAAGAUGAAGCUAAAGCUAUUCACGAUCAGUUAAUAGCUGCAAACAAGAAGAAACAGAAAAAUGUCGGUUCUUUUGAAGAGCAAAGAAACGAAAUACUACGCAAUAUUCAGGAUAUCGAAAGAAAUAUAACAGAACAUAUCGGGAAAUUAAAAAGAGAAGCAGUUGAGAGUUUGAACAAAAUGUAUUCUGAAAUAAAUAGGGGAAUGGAAUCGGAAAUCACCUUGACGGCCAAUACAAUAACAGAAGUCGACAAGUCAACAAGCAUGUUGCAAACUGUAAGCAAUAUUGAUGCUAGACAACAGUUUGUUCAAAUGAAACUGAUACAAAGAACUGUAAAAGAUGCUAAGAAAUUGUUCGAAGAAAGUGAGUCUCAAGGUACUAAGGUUGCUCGUUUUACUGAAAAUGCAGAUUUGAAAACCGUCUUAAUGACUGCCACUGAAUUAGGACGGUUGGAGACAAUAAAUAAAAAUCAGAAGCUGCCUACUCCAAAACAAUAUAAAAUGAAAUCAAAGAAAUAUAUUAAAGUCAGAAUGCCAAAUGAUAGUACUGAUUGCUGUAUAUCUGAUACAUGCCAGCUUCAUGACGGUACGAUCAUACUCACCGACUACUUCAACAAAAAAGUGAAAUGGCUUGACGUGAAUUAUAAAGUAAAGUGUCAUUGUGAUCUCAAUAACCAUCCUAGGGAUAUCUGCUGCACUACCCAGAAUGAAGUUGCUGUGAAAAUGGAAAACAACAAAGUUCAGUUUAUAGCGGUUGAUAGUUCGUUAUCGAUACUGAGAGAUAUAUCGAUAGAAGGUGGACGUUACUGGGGAAUGGCGUAUAUUGCUGGAGAUUUGUGGGUAUCUAUCGGAAGUGGUAUCAACGUGUACAGUAGAUCAGGUACACUUCUGAAGUCUAUCAGCAAUAACGUAAAUGGUCAGAGAAUAUUUAAAUCUUCUCCUCAGCAUAUGGCUGCCAGUGGAGAGACUGUUAUUGUAGCAGAUGGAAGUGAUGGAGCUGUGUGUUUAGGAAGAGAUGGAACAAUGAAAAGUGAACUGCGGGAUGGAAGGCUGAACUACACCCAAGGUGUUUGUGUAUCCAGUGAUGGCAUUCUGUUUCUGUCUGGAUAUAAUUCCAACAAUAUUUUGAUGUUUAGUGGUGAUGGAAAAUGUCAAGGAGAGCUGCUAACGAAAUAUAUUCGGCUACCGAAUCCUGGUUCGCUCUACUACGACAACAAAAGAAAAUGCAUUAUUCUAACACUUCAUACAAGAUGUGAUAGUAUUUACAUACUUGAAAUGUGCGAUUGAUUUAGAGAAGUACAGACAGAUACUCUAAAACCCUCGGUACAACAGAAUAAUGUAGAUCGAUUGCAUACAUUUUUAAGACCUUGCAAAUUCGUAUUUUAAUUAAAUUAUAUACUGAUGUGUUUCUUAGUCUGAUUAUUAGAAAAAAAUCCAAAAACAAUUCGUUUUAUAAAUAGUAAUUUAAAAUUAGAAUGCCUAUGUGAACUAGCAAAUGUCUUUGGCGGGUUGCAUUCUAAAAGUGAUUUAUAAUCUUAACAAUUAAGAAUGCAAUAGUUAUUAUCACAUACUUGAAGAGGGGAAGAACUUAGACCAAAAAACAUUUAUGUUAUGUAUAACUUUGAGAAUCGUAGAUCAUAGCAAAUCUUGACAAUUUUAGAAAACUUUAUUCCAUUGCAAAACUACACUUCUUCUUUAAAGUUGUAAGUUAUUGAUGCACUACAUUAUUCUAAAUUGUCAAUGGCCUAGGUAUUUACAAUGCGUUUUAUAAAGCAAACUGAACUUAUUGUGUGAAUGAAACAAAUAUUAGUCACGGAAAUAAGAGCAUCAAUCCCAUACCGUCAUUUAUACUUACAUUUAAAUAUGUCGUAUUUCGCGUGGAGAUUAUUCAUUACAUUCACCAUAGUUGAGGUUGGAACGAAUAUGCUAAUUCAUUGCACAAUAUUUAGGUUGAAUUUGGUGAAUGGAUUGAUGUUCAAAUCCGAUCUGGCCAGUAUUUCUCCAGAUCGAUGACCAUCAAUUAUACAACUUACCAAUCAAAAUGGAACUAAACAUUACCUUAUUCCCAACAAAAUCAUGGACUGCUUGAGUGGAACCGAUCUUCAAGUCUACAGAUGAACUACUUUUUUCUUCAGCUUAUUCUACAUUUACUUCACAGAAACAUUAUAUAAGAACAAUCGAACUAAUUCGUUAAUUUCCAGAUAAACACAUUUGAUUUUUAGCACUUUAACGUCAGAGUCUUAGCCAAAAUUGCACACCUACCCGACCCUAUGUGCAGAUUUAGAUAUCUGAGAGUGUUACAGCUCUUUUUAUGUUUACAUAUAGCCUUGGAAUCCAGUCUGUUAAUUUCUACAAUUUUUCUUCCUGCAAAUUGACAAUUUAAACUCAAUAAAUAAAAGCUAAUUAUGGUAGAUUAAGCGGGAUUUUUAAUGCAUAGAUGUUAAGUAGGUUUUAUUGACAAAGCAUGCAUUAUCAGUGACCUCGCCGGCAAGUCCAUUAGCUGAUUUCGACACCCUUGCCUUACCACUCUGGCUUCGAAACCUCGAUUGAGGUGUAGAAUUCUAUUAUGUUUAUGUGGUCUUCUACUUAUAAGUGUAGUACUACGGCCCCGGUCGUCUCUUUCGAGCUAUGGAUUUCAAUUCCUGACCCAUUGCUUUCGCAUCGGUUUUCUCCACCCACAGGCCUCUUUACAAAGGUCAUGUCUUAACCACAAGUAAUGAGAUAUAUGCCUUAAAAAGUCACUAAUUGAUUCUUUUCGGAAACUUGACUCUGAUUUGACAGUAUGCCGUUUUUCCGUAUUUUUUUACAUCAUUUGUAUAAGUCUUUGUUUUUUUCUUUGUACGGCUAAAUAGUUUUGGUCUCAUAUCUCAUUUACUUUGAAAUAAAACAUACGAGGUAUGGAAUCAAAACUUAUUGAUCGCGGCCGAUGAGGCCGCGAUCAUAUUGAAUAGGACAAGUAUUUGCACGAUGGGGAAAAUAUUUCAUGAUGGACCUGUCAAUUGUUUACUUAUGGGUGAAACAGGUCUCAUAAGCGUAAAUACGACUAGCUUCUACUGAUUAUAAAACAUACCGUACGAUUUGUUGUGAAUCAACUGUUGUUGUACUUUUAGUAGUUCAACCGCCACCCUUGUUUAAGAGCAACAUUUAAAAAACACGUUUUUUUUCAUCCUCAAGUAAUAAGUAAGUAGACUCGCCCAGUUUAAUCAAUCUAGACGCAUAAUCUACAUAGAGCGCUUACUUCACCCGAUUUACAUUCGGAACAUUUUCACGCGUUUCGGGCUUUAUCGUAUGUUUAACAUGGGAUUUUUGAACCGUCCAAAGAUGUUGGAAAUGUUUGUCUCAUUGUUUAUUUUUUUAAAUAAAAAUGUUACUGCUUUAA